CGCUUGCCUCUGCAAUACGCAUGUCAUUGACGUGCAGCCAUGCUUCCGCGUUCGAUGCCAACCGCACUGAAAGCCGUUUUGAUUGUUUGCGUUAUUGUUAUCGUCCUUUGUUGCGGCUUCCUAGUGAGUUUCCGUCGACAUGAGAGAAUUCGUUGGACGUGGGGAAGACGGAGCUACACGAAACGUAGCGGAUUGCUUAGCCGUGAGAUAUAUAUCGAUUCUGGAAGGUCGGAGAGGUUCGAGAGCGAUCAGGCACGGGUUGGACGCGUUGUUAUUAUGCGAAAAGAAUCACGUGAUAAACCGGAAGUGGUAUUAUCACGUGAUAGUGACGCACACUAUGGAGCUUCACACAAUGCAAGUGACUAUGAUUAUUCUACUGAGAUGCCGUUGGUAGGAAACGCCACGAGUAAUUUCACAACUACAUUACUGUCUCAAAAUUCUAAAAUUUCAGACUCGAAAUCGAACAGCGCCGCUGCCUCCCUCGUACCGAGCUUAACUGUCGUUACUGGAAAUCAUUUUGUUGUUUAUACGGGACUCAAACUGAAUGUCACGAAUGAAGGAAAAGUGUUAGUGAUUGCAAGCAGCAGCACGUCGAAAGCGUUAAAGAGUAUUCUUUACGUCGUUGAUACUCAUAGGAUUCCUUAUGUGACACUUAAUCUCAGCACGAAGCAGUCCAAAGUGACGAUGACGAGGGUCGAUGACGGGAGUUGUAUUGUUGGUCGGUUUGGCGUGAUUGUGUUUGACUCUGUGGUUGCGUAUUCUCGGAUGUCAAACUUGGAUAUGCAAUUGGUGACGAAGUAUUGUCAGGAUUUUGGAGUCGGGAAGAUUAUCUUUGCAUUGAGUGUAUCACCGCCUGCACAAUCUCCAUCCUUUAGGAUAGAAUACAAGCAGACGUUUGGUAGAGUUCAACUGAAUGUGAAGUCUCCAAUCUUAAGAAUCUUUCGUCGUUUGAAGUCGACAAUACUAAUUCCUGUUGACACCGUCUGGUCAAGGAUGAUAUCACGUGAUCAGUUAUAUCAACCAGUUUUGAUGGGUGUGAAAAGUCGAUCUUAUGGAGUCUCACAAAAUGUUUUGGCUUUACAUGAUCAAGGCAGUUCGGAUGGAAUACAGAAAGUUUGGUUGGGUGGUGACCCUCGUGUGUGGGUCAAUUGGCUGCUAUUUCUUGACUCUAUUUUCUAUCUUUCUAAAGGCUCCGUGCAUCUUCCAUUAGAACGUUACAUUCAAGUUGAUAUCGAUGACAUUUUUACUGGAAAGUCUGGAAUUCGGCUUAAGCACACGGAUGUUGACGCUCUGAUCAAAACUCAGGCCUGGUUGGCCAACAGGAUUCCUGGAUUUGUGUUUUAUCUGGGUUAUUCUGGAGGGUUUUAUCAACGCGGCACAUCAGACGAAAACCUGGGAGAUCGAUGUCUUGUUGGUAAUGCAUCUCGGUUUCUAUGGUUUGAUCACAUGCUGACACAUACGCAGCCUCAUUUGUUUACCUCCGUGGCAUCAUUGGUUAAAGACAUGGAAAAGAACAGGCAGUUUGCGGUUGAUCACAAAAUUCCUAUUGUUCCUGGAUAUGCAGUUUCACCUCAUCAUUCUGGUGUGUAUCCAGUGCACUUGCCUCUGUUUGAGGCUUGGAAGAAGUUGUAUAACGUGAGUGUGACGUCAACUGAAGAGUAUCCGUCUCCUGUUGCGAAGGAGAGAAGAGGAUUUGUGUUUAAGGAUAUCAUGGUUCUUCCCAGACAGACAUGCACUUUGUAUACAACCAUAAAUCGCUUUAGUGAAUAUCACAAUGGAGGCAAAGGUCUUCGUGCCAUUGCAGAAGGUGGCUCAGUGUUCCAAACCAUUGUAGCAAAUCAGUUUAGUGUCUUUAUGACUCACAUGUCUAACUAUGGUAGUGAUCGUCUUGCCAAUUUUUUGCUAAAAGCUUUAGUUGAAUUUGUUGGUAAAUGGACGAACAUUCGACUGAAGGCUGUGUCACCAUUGGAAUUGGCAAGACGCUACUUUGAAUCGUAUCCGCAAGAUGUGGAGCCUCUGUGGAAGCCCCCAUGUGCUAACACUAGACACAAAUCAAUAUGGAGUUCCAAGAAAUCCUGCAAACGUCUCCCGAAUGUUCUUGUUGUUGGACCAGCAAAGUCUGGUGUCCACGUUCUUCACAAGUGGCUAGCUCUGCACGCACACGCUCAAGUGAAAGGCAACGUAUCACGAUUGUCAGUCAACAGUACAGACUUCUUUACAAGAGACUAUCUCAAGGGACUCGAUUGGUAUAUGAGUCAUUUUGAAGAGCCGAAGCUUGGUCACAUCGUUGUUGAUUCUGUUUCGGGGUCAUCUUUGUCCAAUGUGUUGGUUAUAAAGAGGAUUACGGCUUUGUUGCCGGAAGCACGUGUCAUUUUUCUAGUGAAGAAUCCAAUACGAUUGGUGCAGUCACUGUGCAAGAGUGAGGAAUUGACUGAGUUUGUUACAUCAGCAGCAUCAACGCAUAAAUGUUUAGAAGAAAGUGACUAUACCAUGGAAUUGCAACUUUGGUCAAAGCUGUACGACAGAAAACAGAUUUUGAUAGUUGAUAGUGACGAGUUCGUGUCUGAUCCAAUCAAUGUUCUCAAUCAAGUACAAACGUUCCUGUCGCUACACAAAUUUGAUUACUCCCGUAUCCUCAGAUUGAACUCGAAUCUUGGAUAUUUCUGUCCAUCAGGGUCAGAUGGUCAACUGUUCUGCCACAGUGUGCAUCCUCGGAGUGAAGAGAGACUUGAUUCCAAAACUGAACGACUUCUCUAUGGGAAGCUGAAGUUACAAUAUAAUAGACUGAGGUGGUACCUGCAGCAGUUGAAGGCACCUCUGCCGAACUGGUUGGCUGCAUAAAGAUGCCUGGCAGCAUAACUCAUAGCUUUACGGAUGUCAGAUGGCCAGAAACGUUGUCCUUGAAGAAGAAACCAUAUUUUUAUAAACAUUGUUUGUGACAAAGAACUAUUCAUACCAUUUAGAUGCUGAGACAUUAUCGAGCAAUCAGUGUAUGUUAGGCUUGGACAGUCAACAGAUGCUGCUGUUAUGUUUCCGCGGAUGCACUGCAAUUCCAAUUUCUAUAGAGAGAGUGAGUGAGUGAGAGAUGUUGUCGUACCAGCAAUGCCUGAUA